UAUAGAAACAAAACAAAACAAAACAGAGAGCGCUCUUCACUCUUGUUUUGUUUUUCUUCUCCGAUCUCGAAAUUAUUGCCGGUGAUUACUUACUUAACUUUCAAAAAUCCAUGGCGUCGUCGGAGGGGUUAGCGAGCGUUGAUCCAUGGUCAUUCCGUCAAAGCUUCAACAUAGAUUCAUGGCUAAACUCUGAUACCUUCUCUCACGAUAGUGAUAUACUCGCUAAAGCUCUUCACAGAUCCAUCUCCACUCCCACCACCGACUCUUCUCCUCUUUCUCCUUCCUCUUUCUUCGAUUCCUCUUCCGCCGCCGGCUUCGUCUCCGAUCUCUCCCCUCCUCUAACUCUCUCUAACGUCUCUUUCGGCUCAGAUCCCGAACUCCCCUGCCCUAUCGCUGGUGGAGCCAAACGAAAACGCGGCCCUGGUCUUUCCGGUGGUGGCAAACAGACGAAACGCCGACCUCGUGUUUCCACCAAGAAAUCUCAGACCACGUUUAUAACGGCGGACGCCGCUAAUUUCCGCCAGAUGGUUCAGCAAGUCACCGGAGCUAAGUUCAUCGGUGCUUCUUCCAACAACAUUUUCGCGCCGCUUGUGAAGCCGGAGCCGCACAGGCUCUCUAGUAGACUACCGCCGUCGUGCGGGAGCUUUGAUCGGUCUUCUUCAGCUGUUCCCACCCUAGAUACGUCGUCGUUUUUGUCUAACCAUCACCAAGAGAACAUCGUCACAGAUUUGGGUUCUGCUUCAGCACAGAUCAAUUCGUUUCAUCACCGUUCCAGUGCUGCGACGACGACGGCAGCGACUAACGGUGGUGGUGGUGGUGGCUCCGCCGUGGAACUAGAUAAUUACCCGAGCUUCCCAACUCUUGAAUCAUGGACAGUUAUAUGAUUCUUAAUUAGUGUUUUGUAGAUGUAAUCCUUUUUCUUAAUUAGAUCUUCUUUCUUUUUUUUUCUUGUAUUUUUCUCUAUGAAUGAUCUUGUUUUUUCGUUCUUAGCUUUUGUGGCUAUGGACUAUGGAGUCUCUUGUUCAUACUUUGUGGAAAUUAUAUGGUUUAAUCAAAAAAAGAACUUCUCUUUUAGUCUUUA